GAGCAUGAACAACUGGGCAAAAGUAUUACUUCUCUUCUUCAUUUAUGGCACUCUUAAUGCUGAAAGUGUCAGAGCUACAGGAAAAGGUCUUGUGCAAAUACGAGUACACUAUGUUAAGUGAGAGGGAAAAGAUCUGGCAAAUGGAAUACAAUGUAGGAAAGUGUGAAAUUAUUCAUUUUUCCAGGAAGAAUAAAGAAACAUUCUAGCUAAAUGGUGAGAGACUACAAAGCUCCGGAAUGUGGAUACCUGGAUGACCUUGUGCACAAACUGCAGAAGAAAGAACGUCUAUUGACAGAAGGACAGCACAUGCGGCAUCUAUCAAAUUUUGCUUCUUCAAGGGGCAUUUGCUCAACAAGGAGACCUGCUGCUUCACCCCUCGCCAGGCUUUGAUGUUGGAGAGCUGCAGCUUCAACACUUCCUACCCUUUAGUGAUGAUUAUUCAUGGAUGGACGGUUGAUGGAAUGUAUGAAAAUUGGAUCUGGGAGAUGGCAGCUGCACUGAAAGCCAGACUAAAGGACAUUAAUGUGAUUGUGGUUGACUGGUUGACACUAGCACAUCAACAUUACCCAAUAGCAGUAAAGAACACACGGACAGUUGGUCAUGAGAUUGCAAAUUUAUUGGACUGGUUGGAGGAAUUCUUUGGAUUUCCAAAAAGAAAUGUUCAUCUGAUUGGAUACAGUCUUGGAGCUCACGUUUCAGGAUUUGCUGGAAAUUAUGUCACUGGGCCAAACAAAAUUGGAAGAAUAACAGGUCUCGACCCAGCUGGACCACUGUUUGAAGGCAUGUCAGCAACGGAUCGAUUAUCUCCUGAUGAUGCAAAUUUUGUUGACGCACUUCACACAUUUACAAAAGAACAUAUGGGAUUGAGUGUGGGAAUCAAACAGCCUGUAGCCCAUUAUGAUUUCUAUCCAAAUGGUGGCACCUUUCAACCAGGCUGCCACCUCAAACAUGUUUACAACCAUAUUGCUCGACAUGGAAUUCAAGGUAUUACACAAACUGUGAAGUGUGCACAUGAGCGAUCCGUGCACUUAUUCAUUGAUUCUUUGCUAAACGAAGACAAGCAAAUUAUUGCAUAUCAAUGCAAUGACCUGAGCACAUUUAACAAAGGAGUCUGUUUAAACUGCAGGAAGAAUCGAUGCAACACAUUAGGCUAUAAUAUGAAAAGGGUCCAUACGCAAAGAAGCAAGAAGAUGUAUUUGAAAACCCGUGCUAAUAUGCCAUACAAAGUUUAUCAUUACCAAUUCAAGAUUCGCUUCAUCAAACACACAGCGCACAAUAAACAAGAACUAAUUCUUAAAGUUUCCUUGUAUGGUACAGAAGGUGAAGUUGAAAACAUACCAAUCAACUUAGUUGAAAGUAUCACUACAAACAAAACAUAUUCUUUUCUGAUUCACACUGAUGUUAACAUUGGAGAUUUGAUAAUGUUGAAAUUCAAGUGGGAAACCUCUGUGCCUUGGAUGAAUCUUUGGAAAACUGUUCAAAUAUAUUUUCCAUGGAGACAGAAUGAUCUGAAUUCAGAGCUCGUAAUGAGAAAAGUACAUGUCAAAGCUGGAGAAACACAGCGCAAAGUCACCUUCUGUUCUUCAAACAACACCAGUGUGCAACUUCAACGAGCCCAAGAGAAAAAAUUUGUAAGGUGUAUAACUAACAGAAGCAACAGACAUUACAGAAGACUGAAGCACAAAGUAUCAAUUUAAGGCAAGCUGAAACCAAGAUUUCAUCAAUUCACAAAAUACAUUUAAAAAUCAAAAUUACGUUCUGAAAAUCUUUAUGACUGAAGGAAAAUGUAAACAUUAACCACAACUUCAAUUUUAAAAACUCAAAUCUACACAGAUUGAUAGAAAGAUUUUUUUAAAAUGGUAAAUACUUAACAUAGAAACAAGUUGGUCAUGAAAUUCCUGCCUUAAGAGCAAGGGAUAAAAGAAUUCUCAUCAGUCACAAGGAGUUCACACAUAAAUGUACUUCAUUCUAUUCUAAAAUUAACAUCCUUGUGAUAUUCACUUACAUUAAAAGUUCCUCCUUAGAAACAAAGACCUGACUUUUGAAGGAGAGUGUUUUAUAUAAAAAUUUGGUGUCAUCAUUUAAAAAAAAGUUACUGAAGGAUAUAGAAAGAUGUGAGCAUUAGUUUUAAUUUGCAAUUGUGACUUCAUCUGUAAUUCAUCAUUUCUAUGACUUUAAUGUAUGCCUGUCAUCUAUAGAGACAACUUAUUUAGGACAAAUGGUUACAGUGGCCCAGAGUGAAAAUAGCACUGUGUUUAAAACAGGUAGAAUGGUAACAAUAUAUUUCUGCACGUAUUCAAAUAUACAUAUGUUUUCCUUUUUUUCCAAAGGAAGUAUAUUCAGAAUGUUUUCCUUGGGUAAAACUCCAAAAACCUAGUAAUAACAAAGAAGGCUUCGUUUCCGCUGUUACCCUGGAAUGAUCCCUCACCUCUUGCUCCCCAUCAUAUCGACAACUGUAUCAGCACCACCUAGUGCUCCCCUGAGGAGCUUAAACAGUUCACCAACUUUACUAACACCUUUCACCCCAACCUCAAAUUCACCUGGACGAUCUCUGAUAUCUCCCUCCCCUUCCUAUUAUCCGGUAACCAUCCCUGCACUGACACCUAUUUCAAACCCAUCCGACUCCCACAGCUACCCUUCCUCUCACCCACCCUCCUGCAGGAAUGCAAUCCCUUACUCCCAAUUCCUCUGCCUCCGCUGCACCUGCUCCCAAGAUGGAGUGUUCCAUUCAUGGACAUCCCAGAUGUCCUCCCACUUUAAAGACCUCAACUUUGCCCCUCCAUUGAUUGAAAACACUCUCAACCACAUUGCUUGCAUUUCCCACACUUAUGCCCUCAAAACCCCUCCCCCCAACAAAAAUAAACCUAGAGUCCCCUGGGUCCUCACAUACAACACCACCAACCUCCGCAUACAGUGCAUCAUCCUCCACCGUUUCCACCGCCUCCAAUCCGACCCACCACCAAAGAAAUAUUUCCUUCCCCGCCCCUAUCUGCCUUAAGAAGGGACCACUCACUCUGCGACUCCCUUGUCCAUUCUGCACACCCCAACAACCCUGCCACACCAGGCAUCCACUCCUCCAACUGCAGGUGGUGCUACACGUGCCCCUUACACCUCCCCUCUCACCUCCAUCCUAGGGCAAAGACAAACUUUCCAUAUUCGACACGAGGUCACCAAGGCAUCCCCCAACCUGGUCCACGUUAGUAAGACCAAACACAGACCCGGUGACAAGAUUUGCAGAGCACCUGAGCUCUAUGUGCUACAAUCAACAACACCUCCCGGUUGCCAACCAUUUUAACUCAUCUUCCACCUCCCUUGGUGAUAUGCAUUCUAAGCCUCUUGCAGUCUCACAAUGACACCACACAAACUGGAGGAACAAGACCUCAUAUUCCACUUCGGGAGCCUACAGCCAGAUAGCCUAAACAUAGAAGUAACUAGUUUCAAAAUCACCUCAUCCCAUGUCCAACCCUCACUCUCAGCCCCACCUCCUUCCCACUGACUAAUCCCCACUCCCCCUACCCGCAUUCACCUAUUGCCAUCCCACCUACCUUCCCCCAGCCCUACCCUUCUUUCCUCUAUUUAUUUCCCAGCUCCUUUCUCCUUCCCCAGUCCUGAAGAAGGGUCGAGGCCUGAAAUGUCGAUUCUCCUGCUCUUCUGAUGCUGCCUGACCUGCUGUUCCUCCAGCUCCAAACUGUACUGACUAGUGAUAGCAAAUAUGUUGUCGCACCUCAUUGCAUCAUGCUAAAAUUUAACUAUUAGUACCUAUAUGUCUAAACAUCCAAUCAUAACUGACUGAUGAGUGCCUCUAAUUGUAAUAGGAUUCUGAAUUUGUGACAGGAGUUGCAAAACUGAAAUUUUCUAUAUGAAAAGAUCCUGAAAGACUUAAAUAUGUAAUAUUUCUAAACUGUUAUAAAUUAAAGUUAUUCAAUUAGAAUUGAAUGAAGCUUUGUGGCAUUGUGUUUUUAGUUACUGUGGAUAUAAUGUGGUAGAGACUUAUAAUUUAACUAAAGGGGUUUAGUAAAUUUUUAGGUACCGAUUGUACAAGUUCACCCCUAGAUGAUUUAUUUUAUUAUUCUACAAUGUGGCAUGUUAAAUAUUCCUGUAGAAUAUAAAAUUUAUUGUUUGCAAGGUUUGGUUAGGAAUAACAGCAUGCAAUAGAGAAACAGGUACAAUGAAAAAUCCACUGCAUUUAACACACAUCCAGUAUAGUUCUUUUCAAGGCACUGCAAAUAAUCUUAAUUUUUCUUUCUUACAUUGUGACAGUAAGAUUGAUGUGAUCAUGUUUCAACCAUAGUAACAGCUUUGAAGUUUCUGCUGAUGUAAUGUGACUACAAAUGCCGUGAUAGCAUUAACAACCAAUGUAGUGCAGGA